AUGGCUGCGCCCAAGGAACCCGUGAUCCCCGCCAAGUCCGACGUCGGCGCCCUCGCCAACCGCAUCAACAGCGAGACCCGCGCCGCCCACGACAAGAUCGACAAGUUGGUCACCGUCAAGUUUGCCCUCGCGUUGCGCGACUACAAGAUCUACCGCCAAGGGUUGCAGGCGUUCUACCAUGUGUUCCAGGCGAUCGAGCUCGCCCUCGACCGCCAGUUGGCCAAGGAGGACGACCCGUGGACGGCGCUCAUCGCCGAGGUGUGGCGCCCCGAGGUCGCCCGCACCGCCAAGGCGGAACAGGACUUGAUGUUCUACUACGACGGGCGCCGCGACAAGUUCGAGCUGGCGAUCAUGCCCGAGCAGAUCAAGUUUGCCCACCACAUCGCCCAGGCGUGCGCCGACAAGCCCUACUUGUUGUUUGCCUACAUGCAUGUGAUGUACUUGGCGUUGUUCGCCGGGGGCCGGAUGAUGCGGCUGCUGUUCUCGAAAGCGACGGGGCUCUACCCGCAGCGCCAGGGGUUGACCCACGCCGACAUCGUCAAGCGCGGCACCAACUUCUUCACCUUUGACGUCACCAACGAAAACGAGUUGCGCGCCGAGUACAAGCGCGACUACGAGCUCGCCACCCGCAACAACUUGACCGAGGCCCAGAAGCAGGAGAUCAUCGACGAGCUGAAGUACAUCUUUGAGCAGAACGCGUUGGUGGUGCGCGAGCUCGAGGCACACAACUUGGCGCGUCUCAAGCACAAGUGGCAGUACCAGGCGAUCACCAAGGGCUACUACGUCGUGUUGACGCUGGUGGCGCUCUUGGUGAUGUACCUCCUCCGCCGCGUGGUGGUGGGGUUGAUGUGA